AUGGAAUACGUACCACUCUUAUUUUAUGAAAAAGCUGGAGAAGAUCCUAAAGAAUGGAUUAGAGAUUUUAAACAAUAUUGUGAAGUAUUUGGACUUGAUCCACUUGCAGAUGCUCAAAUCAGAAUAAGAAUUCACAAACUUUUUGAGACUUGUUUGAAAGGUAAUGUAAAAGAUUGGUAUGAAACAAGUCUCAAGAAUAAAAAUUGGAAAUUGCAAAAUAUUAAUGAUAAUACCAACUUGGUCAAUCUUGAAACUAUUAAUGAAUUAGCUAACAAUAAUACAUUACAUAAUAUCAAUGCUAAUCAGUUUAGAGGUGAAGCUCUUCAAAUAAGAAAUACAGUUCCAAUUAACAACAAUGCAAUUGUUAUACCAUUUGUGUCAGUACAUACUGUUUUUGAUAAAAAUUGGUCAAUAGCUAAUAGACAACCAACAGAUUUAGCUCCCAAUACUCCAAUGCUAAUAUAG